UUGUGGCCAACGAACGAAAGCGUACCAGCCAGGCUUCCGUCCUCAUUCUCCAGCCGGGGAUCGCACUCUUGCUUCCCUGCUUUGACAUAGCGUCACUUGUGAAACAGAAGAGGAGGAAGGAAGAAAAGACGCACUCGGGCCAAACCCCAUCCGCACCAGCAGGAGAAGAUGUCCGAGCCCAAUAAGUACCGAGAGUGGAUCCUGGAAACAAUCGACUCUCUCCGCUCGAGGAAAGCCCGUCCCGAUCUGGAGAGGAUUUGUCGAAUGGUCCGAAGACGACACGGGUCAGACCCGGACCGAACCAGGACAGAACUGGAGAAACUGAUCCAAGAGCAGACCGUGCUCAAAGUUAGCUACAAGGGCUCCAUAUCGUACCGGAAUGCGGCGAAGGUGCAGAGGAAAAGCCGAAAGAAGAGUGAGUUUACGGCCGCUGGCAGCAGCAGCAGCGGCGCGGAGGCAGCGAGGGAGCGGACCAAACACCACCAUCCGAACAACAACAGUGCGCACAGCUUCACCGACCAGGAGGAGGAAGAGGAGGACUCUGAGCCCAGCCCAGGUCCCCACACUCAAACAUCAGCCACCGACAAGAAGCCCAAGCCUGCCUCCAGCCCGAGUAGCGGAAACGGGUUCCAGAGCUGUGGCGCAACAUCGGGCUGCGCGGUCGGGAGCGGCAGUGAAGAGGAGAAAGCAAGUGCACCUAGAGACGAGGGAUUAGGACAGCAGGGAGUGGGGGACUGUAACAUAACACACGCACACGACGACGGCGGUGGCGAUGCCAGCGGGAUAACGCCGAGCAAAGCCGAUGCAGUUCAGGGAGAAAAGGAGCGGUGUUUGUCCCGAGAUGACACCCAGAACAAAACUUCCUCCGGGAGCGUCGGCGACCACCCGCAGCAACAGAGAGAGACUGCGCCCCUCAAGCCCAAACUUCGAGUCGGAGGAGGAGGAGGGGGCACCAAAACAGCGGGGAACCACGCCAACUCCGACCUGGGCGACAGACUGGUGGCUUCUGUUCGCCGCCUGUCCGAAAAGAGCAUCCGAGAGGGCUCUACCAGCGCCACCAGAGGCCACAUGCAGCCGCUCGGGCUGAAGGAGAUCCUGGGCUACCUGAGCAGCCAAGAGCGGCUGUCGGAGGAGAAGCUGACCCGAGGCAAAGUCAAAGUGGUCAUGGAGAGAGAGGUGGCGAGGGGCCGGCUACGCAGGACCCGCUGCGGGAACAUCACUCUGCCGCUGAGGGGGGUGGUGACGGAGGAGCCGAGGACCGCGGACAGACUUGUGAAGAGCGCACUGCAGGACACGGUGACAAAGCCGCCGUCCCCCUCUCCCAGGGAGAAUGAGGCGAUGGAAACAGCCAGUGAAGAAGAGGAACGGGAAGAGGAGGAGGAUCCCCGGAGCUCAGACGAGGAGGAAGGUCUAUCCCCUGUAGCCAUGACAACCGAUCCGGAGCUCAUUGAGAAAACCUCAGAAGAUGCUCCAGAGAUCCAGGCGGCAUCAAAGCAGGACAGCUCCCAGCAGCAGCACGGGGGUAAAGGGAUGGGUGGGAUUGAUUCCCUCACCAGGACGGAGCUUCCACCUGUUCAAGGAGCUUCACUGUGCUCAUGUAACAGCGCACACUUAGAGGAGAGAGCUGUCCGUCCUGAUCAGCUACAGAAGGAGGCACAUGAUGACACAACCAACCACACCUCCUCAGGCUUUAACAGCCUGGAGUGUAAGACAGAGGUUGGCAUGUCGUCCUGCCUGCUCACACCCACUGCCUCCCCGAGAGACUCCGGCGUGUGUGAGGAGCGAGGGAUGAACGGAGGACUUGGCGGUGGAGGAGGGUUUAUAAAGUCCGAGGGGACCAUUGGGAGCCCGAUGGACUGGACAGUGUCUGAUGUGGUCAGUUAUUUCACAGAAGCAGGUUUCCCGGAGCAGGCGGCUGCAUUCGGGACCCAGGAAAUCGAUGGCAAGUCUCUACUCCUGAUGCAGCGUAACGAUGUUUUGACCGGCCUGUCGAUCAGACUCGGCCCCGCCCUCAAGAUCUACGAGCGCCAUGUAAAGGUUCUGCAGAAAACACACUUUGAUGAGGAGGACUGUUAACAACAGAAAUACACACAGACUGUUGUGUCUGUUGUAUCUACAUAUAGCUCAAGUUAUCAAAUACUAUACAACUAUAUGCAUGAUAUACAAUACACUUCAAUGUUCAUCUCAUGUGCAACAGCAUACACACACACACACACACACACACACACACACACACACACACACACACACACACACACACACACACACACUGUGAAUGCUCUGUCCCAGAAACAACACACACAAGUAGAGCUGGAAAGGAGCCAAAAGGAGCACAAAUGUUGGAGUGAGUAAGAAGACUUAAAAUGUAAGAUGCAGAGGAUGCAAAAAAUAAUGCAAUAUCCCCAAUAUCAAGCACUUUGAAAUGUAUCGACCAAACUGUGCAAAAUGUUUUUAUUGUGUUUAUAUAUUAGUUUGUUCUGACCUUUAUGCACAUUUUGAAAGAGGUCGGGUCUGUGUGGAAGUUAUAAAAAAAAACGUUGGCUUUUUGAGGCACUGAUGCAAGGGUUACUUGCUUGUAGGUGUGUGUUUUGUACACAUACUGUGAGUGUGUGUAGAGGCAUGGAAUAGUAGGUUGGAUUGAGCAGAAACAUUCCCUGAAACUUAGAUGGUUGGCACGCUGACCCGUCAGUCGUCCUAUAAGGAUAAAAUCCCGUGCAGGGUCGAUGACCUUGUACAAGGUCCUUGGACAAAGCAAUAAACUCUUAAUUCCCCCCUAGAUGUUCGAGAGGUUGUUGGAUCUUGUCAGCAGAUCGGCAGUUAGUUGAUUUUGUCUAUCUUAAUAUUUCAGAUACAAAACUCUUUGACAUAAUGUUUUUAAGCAGAGCUCGCAUUAUCUGUUCUGACCUAUGCAUCAGCACAUUGGGGGCCAGUUUCACAGACAGAUUGUGGCUUAGAUCAAACCAGUCAGACUCGGAGACGUCAAAAUGAAUCCGCCGCACAAAGCUUUUCCGUUAGUGACUGUCUGGCGGCCCGUCCACACGGCGGUGUGCGUUGAAGCUUCAACGCUUCUGCCCAUUCACUUUGAAUGGGGUGACGUCACGCUCUGCCGAACUGCAUUGUGGUUCCGUCGCUUCGCUUUGCUCGCGUUGCUCGCUUCAAAAGUUGAGCAAUGUUCAACUUUUGAAGCUUCGACUGAAGCGUCAGCCAAUCAAAUCAUAUGCCAGUACAAGAUCUAGCCAAUCAAACCACGUGCUUGUGUGUCCGGGGCGGGAGAUUCAUGUGAUUGGUUGUUGGUCGAGUUUCAGACACGCCCAGUCGCCCACCGGCAAUCUUCAACGCACGCCGCCGUGUGGACGCUGCGUUAAGAAAGGACUUUUUUGCAAUAGAAUAGCCAAUAUAAGAGUUUCUCCAAUAAACAUGUUUGCCCCCUGGAAGGAUUAAAUGAUCAAAACAACACUUUUUCUUGGAAAAUUCAGCAAUAAUAACAAUUCACAAAACCUAUCUACUGUAAAAAAAAUUAAAACAUCAUCAUCAAAUCAAAUCAAGUUUUAUUUAUAUAGCACAUUUUUAAAACGAUUUUUGGUCGAGCCAAAGUGCUGUACAUAUAAUAAUUACCUUACAGUAAGGACACUUUACAGCAAAUAUAACAGCACAGUUUGUACAGAAUAUCAGUAUGAGAAAACGACAUAUGCAUGCAUUCUUAUUACUCUACUCUUAUUCUAAUCAUGAAUCGAGAGCCAUGUUUACCCUUUAUAUAGUUGUAGGGUGCCACUGGUCACCAUUGUAACCAGGUGAUUGUAGUCAUAGAAACAUGGCUCUUAGUUCAGAGUUAGCGUUGGGGUACGGCAGCUUAAUUUUAGGUCCCCAAAAAAAUGUAACUUGCAUUAGACUCACCUUAGUAGGAUAUUAAGACCGGACUAACACUACACACAAGUCUUUAUAUCGUUGUGAAACUGGCCUCAGAAAUGUUGAUCAGACACGCCGGCUCACUGAACUGAAAUCAGCAGAACAAUCGGAUCUCACUUAGAGUGUAAAUAUAUAAAAAAUGAUGUCCAUCCAAUACAUCAGCCUCCAUUUGUAAGUAACUGAGAAACAAUUAUCUAACUGAAAGAUGUUAUGGCAGGGUGAAGCUGAGUCAAUCAAUAAUCUCAUAACACCAGCAUUUUUCAACUAUUACCGGUCAAACCUUAGAAAACCAAUGCUGCCAAAUGAUCACACGUCUCAUUCCCAUCGUCACUGUAACGACAAAUAUUCCAGGUUUGGUAUCUCUGUGCAUGAAUUAUAAAAUUAUGUUUAUCUUUUCUCAUAUUUGUGUGUUUAUCUUCUGUUUUGUUAGCAUAAUGCUGUCAUGUUCUGAAUGUUUUCAGUCCACUCUCAACACACCAAUAGUUCUUAAAACCUCCUCUACCUCUUUCCCUUUCACUUACUUUGCAUAUCCAGAAACACGUUACAGUAGGCCUGUCACAAUUCUGUUCUUAAGAAUUUUCAGAAUGUGAAAGAAAUAUUAAAAUAUCACAAAAAAAGACCACACAUCCAAAACACAAGAUAGAUUAGAUGUUGGUCUCUGUUAACAAAAAUGUGUAUAAUGGUAGUGAAAAGCCUGCUGUUUAUUUUGACAUCAUGUUGGCUAAAGUGUCGGUGACAUUGUUAUGUAAACAAAAAUGCAUGGAAAACAACAUGCAUAUAACAACAGGUAGUACUGAGAUCAGCAAAAAUGUUUGAGUUCACGUACUUUAGUCUAAAUUUCAAGUUAUUCCACUUAUUUUAACAUGUAUGUUACUAUGUUUGUUGCCACUGUUAUCAAUCAAAUCAAUUCAUUGUCAAUAGUUGAACCUGUCGUAGAGGACAGCUGUGUCUGAGUCCAGAUUCUCAUGAGGGAAAUGUACAGUGUGUCUCAAGUUAUUUGUUAAAAUACUUUUUUUGUAAUAAAAGUUUUAAUUAAAACACCAAA